GUAUUGAGCGGUCAUACUAGCCGUUAAUUUUCUAAAAGUCGUGGAAUUAAUCGAGUACUAGUUAAUAUACUGAAAGAGGCAAAAGGUUUUUUGGAUUAACUUAAGAACUUCAUACUUAUUCGUUAAUCGAUAAAACCUUGGUACCUAAGCAUAUUUACUUUUUUAAAUAAUCGUGUAAUUGAUAUUUUUGUUGAAUACAAUGAACAAAAUGGGGUCAACGUCAUAUAUCGGGUCAAAAUCUAUUCGAGAAAAUUUUUUUCAAUGGACUGCUAAAUGGUUCUAUUCAAAUCUACCCGAAAAUACAUCAAUAAAACCAGAUAUACCAAGUAUAAUUUGUUUAUUACAAACAAUUGGCUUCAAGCUUCGAGAAUUUGAAAAAAGUGAUCGUCUAGUACACAAUAAAGAUUCAGUUAAAAAAAAAAAUAUUAGAAUAACAUUAGAAUGUGGUUCUUCAAAAAUAACCGCUAUUCUCGAUAUGGAUGAUAUCAAAUGUGAAUGUCCAGAUAAUAAUGAAACAAAAGAUGGUUCCUUAUGGAGUAUCACUGGCACAGAACCUGUCGGGAGUACGGAGAGUAUAAACAAAAUAGAGAAAACCGGAAGCAACUUAUUGCCUACAAUGUCAAAAGAAACAAUGGCCGUUGUACGUGAUGUUGUUCAUAGACUCUUUAAAACUAUUAAUAAAAAUAAUUUUAAUCAAAAUAUAGAUUCAAGUAAAAAUCUAUCGACUUCAUAUAAGGAUGUAAUAGGAAUGAAAAAUACAAAAAAUCUUAUUCGCAGUUAUACAGACUUAUACGAUAAAAAUUAUAAAUCAAAAAAUAACACUGACAUUAAAAAGAUUCGCCCAAAUUCAAAAUUAGUUUCCUCCAUAGACACACAAAAAUUAAUUCCUUAUAAACCAAAAUUGACGAGACAAGAUACUUACGAUAUCAAAGUUGAAAAAGAAAAUAUGGAACCUCGCCCAUCGCCGCGAAAAACGACAAUUUCGUCAGUACCACCCGAAUUUUCCAUUUCCCUUGGUGAUAUAUCAAUACAAAGUGAAGAAGAAAUUUUUGAUUUAACGGAAUAUGUUGUAAAAGCAUAUGAAAUUUUAGGAAAAGCCGUCUAUUCUAUUAAUAAAAAACUUCCAAUUAAUUGCAGUAUUUCUUCGCUUCAAGAAGACAAUAGUUUCGUGAGGCCAACGACUAUGCCGUUAAUGAACAGCAGUUUCUGCAUAACCAGUCCUUGCGCCUCUACCAAUAGUGGCCUCCUCAGUCGCAGUAUGAACACCGAUGGUUCGUCUCGACCCAGUUCAGUCUGCUCCAUGCAAUCUCGGCCAAUAAGAGCCAUUCCAACCUUGAAAAGGUCUACCCUCCAACACUGCAGCCCCAUGAAGAUGCCACCGAUGCGCGACCGUAGCAGCUCCUGUAGUGUAGCCCAGCGUCCGCAACCCGCACCCUCUAAAGCCUUACUUCGUACCGCAUCUGGGCCAACUAGGCGAAAUAGCACCAACGUCAUUGAUUCCGGACUUGCGCAACGCCUUGUAUCACCGAGGCCUUAUCGAAAAGAUAGAAGAUCUAACACAGAGUCUAUUCGGGUUGAUGAGGAGAGUUCGCGGCAUCCUAAAAAGGUAAACGGCAAUAGCUUCGUGAGGCUAACGACUAUGCCGUUAAUGAGCAACAGUUUCUGCAUAAGUCCUUGCGCCUCUACCAAUAGUGGCCUCAUCAGUCGCAGUAUGAACACCGAUGGCUCGUCUCGACCCAGUUCAGUCUGCUCCAUGCAAUCUCGGCCAAUAAGAGCCAUUCCAGCCUUGAAAAGGUCUACCCUCCAACACUGCAGCCCCAUGAAGAUGCCACCGAUGCGCGACCGUAGCAGCUCCUGUAGUGUAGCCCAGCGUCCGCAAUCCGCACCCGCUAAAGCCUUACUUCGUACCGCAUCUGGGCCAACUAGGCGAAAUAGCACCAACGUCAUUCAUUCCGGCCUUGAUAGCUGCACGAUUUUAAAAGAUACAUUCUUCAAAACUUAUCAAAUUUGA